GCGUGAGAUGCCCGCUCAAGGAUAUAGUGGGCAUCGGACUGCCGGAGGAGCUGCCUGACAAGGACGCGCCGGAGAAACAGCUGGUGGGUGCAGGAUGUGCGCCCGAACGACCAGCUAGCUUGGAUACCCGCCCAAGAAUCCGGUGGGCAUUGGUUUGUCUGAGGAGCUGCCUGCCGAAGACGCGCCGGAGGGGCUGCCUGCCGAGGACGCACCGGAGGAGUUGCCUGCCGAGGACGUGCCGGAGGAGCUGUCUGCUAGGGACGCGUCGGAAGAGCUGUCUGCCAGGGACGCGCCGGAAGAAUAGCUGAUUGAUCCGGGAAGUAGGAGAGAGGCAGAGUUCAGUGUAUCAUUGAAGUCACUACAGGAAGAAGGUCUUUUACACAGUGAACCUUACAGGAAAUAUCUUCUAGAUCUGGGCACUUCCAUUAUGGAGAGGAUUGAGACAGACCCUGAUCUGCCCAGAACCUAUUUAGUGCAAGAGAAAAAUGAUGUUAAGAUUAAUUUCCAAGUUAAUUUCACGAAAUUGGCAAAGGACAUUAUUACAGUUACAAAUGACAAACCAUAUAGCUUUUGGCAGAGUAAUACCCUUGUUACUCAAGUGCCACUGCACAAUGUGGUUGUGGAUUUUAGCUCACCGAACAUUGCUAAACCCUUCCAUGUUGGCCACUUACGCUCCACCAUUCUUGGAAAUUUCAUAGCAAAUUUGCAUGCAGCCUUCGGCCACCAAGUGACGCGUAUUAAUUACCUUGGAGAUUGGGGCACACAGUUUGGUCUGCUGAAGUAUGGCUAUGACUCCAAGAAUAUGAAAGAAAGUGAUUUAGAGAACAAUGCUAUUGAUAAGCUCUUUGAAGUUUAUGUGUGGGCUAAUCGGAGAGCUGCAGAGGAUCCCAAUAUAUACAAUAUUGCUCGUGAGAUAUUCAGUAAAAUAGAAAAAGGGGACAGACAAGAGGUUGAGACAUGGAAAUUGUUUAGAAGGGUAUCAAUAGAUGAUUUAAAGAAAAUAUAUUUUCGCCUAAAUGUACACUUUGACGAAUUUCAUGGUGAAAGUAUGUACAAUGCCACUAUUUGCAGUGAAGUGUUGCAGGAAAUGGAAAAGAAAAGAUUGUUACAAUUAAUGGAUGAUGGAAGGAAGGUGUAUCAAGUAAAUGCUAAGCAAAGAGUAACUGUUGUUAAAAGUGACGGAUCAAGUAUAUACCUAACAAGAGACGUGGCUGGAGCAGUGGAUAGAUACAAAAGAUAUAAAUUUACAAAGAUGUAUUAUGUUGUUGAUAACUCCCAGACUGAUCAUUUUCACGCACUGUUUGAUAUUCUAAAGAACUUAGGAAAGGAAUGGGCAAAAUCUUUGGAACAUGUCAAAUUUGGUCGCAUUUUAGGGAUGAGCACACGCAAAGGAAAUGCUGUGUUUCUUCGAGAUCUCCUCAAUGAAGCUCAAGACAUUAUGAAGAAAAAUCAACUAAAUACAAGUACUACUAGAGAAAAUGAAUUGUGUAGCAGUCAUACAGCUGACAUAGUAGCAGUUUCAGCUGUAUUUAUUGGAGACAUGAAACAACGUAGACAGAAGGAUUAUGUCUUCUCAUGGAACAAAGCACUUCAGAACCGAGGUGAUACAGGUGUUAAAAUGCAGUAUGUACACUGUCGACUGGUGAGUUUGGAAGAAAAUUGUGGAGUGCAGUACACAAACAAUGUUGAUAUCAGCUGCCUUUCAGAAGCAGAAGCACAAAAUAUUAUCAGAGAAAUAGCAAGGUAGGAGUACAUGUAUUAUAAACAUUU